AUGGGUGAAAUAACAGCUUCUCUCGUUGUCAUAGAAUCAAUUGAAAAUAUUGAUAAUGAAACUAUUCAAUUACAUUUAAAAUGUGAAAAUUUGAAUAUACAUGGAAUUCAAACAUUAAAAUGUCUUGAUGCUAUGCGAAAAGAGCGACAAUUAUGUGAUGUUAUAUUAACUGUUGAAGGUCAUGAAUUAUUUGUUCAUCGAGCUUUAUUAUCUUGUCAUUCAAAUUAUUUUCGUGAACUUUUUCUUAAUGAUGAAACAGAUACAUUGAAAAAAAAACAACUUUAUUAUCAAAUCGAUGGUCUUGAAUAUACAGCUUUAAAAUUAAUAGUAAAGUUUAUUUAUCAGGGAAGUUUUCAAUUAACAUCAGAUAUGGUACCAAAAGUUUAUUUGGCUGCACAUCAAUUACGUGUUGAAACAAUUUUUAAAGCUUGUUCAAAUUAUCUUAUUGAACAACUCAAUGCACACAAUUGUUUGAGUACACGUCUAAUGGCAAUUGAUGAUGAUCUUCGUAUGAAAGCAACUGAAUGUAUUCAAAAUCAUUUUUUUGCUGUACUUGAAACACGUGAAUUUCAUGCAUUACCAUCUAUUAAAAUUGAACUAGUCGUAGGUUCCACAACACUUAAUACAAAUAUAAUGUGUGAUCUUAUAUUAAAUUGGAUUAGUCAACACCUUCGUAAAGAUAAUAGUACACUUCAAGAACUUGGUGAAUAUAUGCAUUUACUUUAUCUUAAUUGUGAUAAAACACUUCAUGAUUGUUCGGAUAUGGAUAAGAAAAAUAUGUAUUUUUCUGAUAUAAUUAAAGAUUAUCAAAGUUAUAGAUUAACAAAAAGAAGUUUAUCAACAUCAUCACCAUCAGGUAACUCAAAUGAAAAUUCAAUUUUUACAACACCAAAUUUAAAAUUAAUUAAUAAUAAUUUAACAUCAAAUGUAACAAAUGAUUUACAAGCAUUUGAAACAAAACUUAUUCAUAUUGAUCAAUCAACAGAAUAUACUUAUAUUGCUAUUGCUGUUGUUAAAGGAAAAAUGUUAAGUAUUGCUAUUCACAUGUCACCAUCUUCAUUAUCAACACCAAAUACAUCUGGAAAUGGUCAUUUGAUACAUACAGAUAAUAUUGAUGACAAUGAGUAUGUAACAAAGCUCUUUAGUCCAAUUUUAACUACUGAUAAAGAGAUUCCAUUGGCUUCACUUUCAACAGCACGAUGUGGUUUUGGUGGAUAUGACCGUGGUGAUUGUCUCGAUACAAUCGAACAAUUUAAUCCAAUAGAAGGUAAAUGGACAUCGUUAUCAGUUCCCAUGAGUAGUCGACGUGGUCGUGUAUCAGCUGCAAUAGUUAAUAAUAAAAUUUAUGUCUGUGGUGGUAGUAAUGGACAACAAGAAUUAAAUACAGGUGAAUAUUUUAAUUUAAAAUCUAUGAAUAAAUGGUCACCAAUAAAAGAUCUUGAUACACCUGUUGCUCAUGGAGCUACAUGUAGUGAUGAUUCUUAUGUAUAUUUAAUUGGUGGAUGUGAAGGUGAUAUAUGUAAAAAUGAUUGUUAUCGAUAUGAUCCUGAAAAAAAUCAAUGGUCAACAUUAGGUUCAAUGAAUUGUGAACGAAGUCAAGCAGCUGCUGUAUAUUUUAAUGGUAAAAUUUAUGUAUUUGGUGGUUAUAAAUCAAGUCGAUGUUUAUCAUCAUGUGAAAUUUUAACAUUAUCAACAAAUGAAUGGUCUAUUGGACCAACAAUGCGUGAAAAUCGUCGUGGUUGUGGUGCUGUUUUAUAUGAAAAAAAAAUUUUUAUUAUUGGUGGUUCAAAUGGUGUUACAUCAUUAACAUCCAUCGAAGUAUAUGAUCCUAUAACAAGCGAAUGGAUUAUAAAUAUAAAUGGAAUGCCAAAUGAAUUAAAUAUACCACGUGUUGGUGUUGGAAUUACUGUAUGUAAUGAAAAACUUUAUGUUAUAGGUGGUUUUGAUGGAAGAAGUUUUCUUAAAUCAAUUGAAGUUUAUGAUAAAAUCAAUCAACGAUGGAAAUUAAGUAACAAUAAUCAUAAUAAAUCAGAGAAGAUGAAUCAUCAAAACUCGAAUGAUAUGAAAACGUAA